AUGUCUCUUUUUGUCUCGCUUAGAAAUAAAAGUAAAGGAAGGGGCAAGAGUCCCUUGGAGCGUCUUUGGUAAAGUUUGAGUAGCGCUAGCAGGCUCGGGAAGAAGCGGCUUCAGGCUGAAAACGAGCGGGUUCUUCAGUUGCCUCGCGUGGAGGGCAAAGAACCAAAGUUGAGUAAAAACUGGAUCAAAACCUUAAAUCUUAAGAUACUUCUCUUAUUUUCUCCCUCCAUCCCCGCUUAGAUUGACUCUUAUUUUGGAAAAACAGCACUGGUAAGUUUUUAUUGGGAUUUUCUAAAAAGCAGGAGUGACUAUAUUAAAAAUUCUCUUCUCUUUCCCCAGGGGGAGAAACUGGUGUAAAUGCAGAUGACCAUGCAGAAUGCAGUUCAGGUGUGGUUUGGAGAUGACCUUCCUUUAAGUCCGCGAAGUCCUUUGACUCCCAGGCAUGGCCCAGGUUUGGCAGAUGUGUGCCUGUAUGACCAAUGGAUAUCUGUGCGGCAUGAGGCAACUUUGGUGCCUAUGCAAGAAGAUCUGUCAAUCUGGCUGUCUGGCCUGUUGGGAAUAGAAGUCACAGCAGAGCAACUGCUGGAAGAACUUGAUAAUGGAGUACUACUUUGCCAAUUGGUUGGUGUUCUUCAAAAUACAAUUAAAAAAUGUUGUAGCUCAAAUAACUUAAGGAAUUUCCCUAUGAGAAAAGUUCCUUGCAAGAAGGAUGCUCCAACAGGAUCUUUCUUUGCUAGAGAUAAUACUGCCAACUUUCUGAACUGGUGUAGGGCCAUUGGAGUUGACGAGGCUUACCUCUUUGAAUCUGAAGGUUUAGUUCUGCACAAGGAUCCAAGACAAGUGUAUCUCUGUCUGUUGGAAAUUGGUCGCAUUGUGUCCAGGUAUGGAGUUGAACCUCCUGUGCUAGUAAAACUGGAGAAGGAAAUUGAGCUAGAAGAAACACUGCUAAUGAACUCCGAACCAACAUUGCCUGUUAGCACAGCAAAGUCAUGUCACCAUGGGGAGCUGCAUGAGGCAGUCAAACAUAUAGCAGAAGAUCCUCCCUGCAGUUGUUCCCAUAGAUUUUCAAUUGAAUACUUAUCUGAAGGACGUUAUAGGCUGGGAGAUAAAAUACUGUUCAUCCGAAUGCUACAUGGCAAGCAUGUGAUGGUACGUGUUGGUGGAGGCUGGGAUACUCUUCAAGGGUUUCUGCUUAAGUAUGAUCCGUGCCGAGUUCUUCAGUUUGCAACUCUGGAACAAAAAAUCUUGGCGUUUCAGAAAGGGAUCACCAAUGAUAAUGUCCCCAACUCCUCAGCUAGAAGUCAGCAUCCCCCUUCCAUGAAUCCAAUGUCAGCAAUUAAUAUGUUUCAAAAGCAGCCAUCAAAACCCCCUACUCCUGUUUCUGCUCUAAAGGCUGCCCAUGGGGCCAGUGGUAAGAAGACUUUAUCUAAACAUCCUCAGUCCCCUGCCCUUUUGGCAUCGCCAAAAGUACCAUCACACCCAUCCUCUACAGCUAAACCACUGUCAGUGAGGUCCAAAUUACAGGGGACUCCAGUGACAGGCAUGCAGUCAUCUUUCAAACCAGUAAUGGGCACCUCAAAGAAGUUGGAGUCUCCUGCACAAAAUUCACAAGGUUCUGCUCCUUCACAUCCUAUGCAGCGUGUAAACAAGGGUCCUGCAGGAUCAAGAAGAGCCCUUGUUCAUUCUGAAACAUUGCGCAAACGGAUUCGGUCCCCUGAUGCUCCUAAGGUGAAAUUUGCCCCGGCCCAGAAGUCACCAGGAACAGGGCUACAGUCUACCCUCUCGUCCUCCGCAAAACAGCUGCCUAGAACAAACGAAGCAAUAGCUUCAAAACAGAGGUGUGUCCCUUCUAAAUGCAAACCUGUACCUAGUGGUACAACCAAAACUAAUUCUGUUGCUCCGAAGCCUGCACGGCCACCCAUUACAAAUCUGCGUACCGUUGCCAAAUUUGCACAUUCUCAGCAGCUCCUUGCAAAACAUCCUUCUGAAAAUACUAUUAAGGCUCCAGGGACUGGGUCUCAGAAAGCUCCACAAACAACUUCUGGCCAGAGAAGGAACCUUAAAACUACUUCAGUCCUCAAACACUCAGUUUCUGCACCUUCCCUUGCAGUUACUAAAGCGUCAAAAUCACCACCUACGCUGGUAUCUGCAAGCAAAAGUGUACCUUCAGCUGCCAGUAAGCAGGCGGCCACAGAGCAUUUACAGGCUCAAGAUGUCAGUAAGAGCCUUCAGGUUAAUCCUGCGUCAUCGAGACCUCCUAAACGCACUCCAUUAUCUGUUGUACGGCUUCCUCAAACUUCAGCCAAAGUGGCAACGACCAAAAAGCCAGCAGAGCCUUCCACAAAAAGUCAGCCUGCGACCAAAAACUUGCAAGCAAAUGAAACUUUCGUCCCAACAACCAAGAAGCCUCUCUCUAAAGGAAAAGCAGCAACAGCAAGUAACAAAGGGGUACCUGGUGUAUCAAAAGGCCCUCUUACAAAGAGUAGGCAAGACGAUCACUAUUUUGUUAUGACAGGGAGUAAAAAGCCCAGAAAGUAAAAUGUCUGCUACCUGCUGUGGAAGUUUUAAUGUCUUGGAUAUAAGCCUCUUGUAUCUGCUACACAGAUGAGGGGGAAAAAGUGUUAAAUAACACUACAUUUAACGUAUGAAAUGUUAGGUCUAAUGUACGUCUUGCUGCGUAACUUACAGGAAGAACUAUAUGUAUUUUGUGGUUUAAAAUCUUCUAUCCUGGUAUGUUUAGAAGUAAGCUUGCCUGCUGUUCAGCACUGUAAUGCAGAACGUACCUGUUUGCUGCUAGCGUAACCUACUGUGGGAAAGGGCGGGAGAGAGGAGAGUGGGAGCAGAGCUGCUGCUUUUGCUGCUGACGCUCAUUCUGAAGGGAGCUAAGUCUUCAAGAAGGUUUCACCCAGGGCAGAGCCUGAGUGAUUCGGGUUGUUCUGGCACAUCUGUUUUGAGGCUUGUGGCAAGAGAUAGAGCUGGGUGCAUGCACUACAAGCCCUAGUACCUCAAAGAAAGCUUUUUGCUUUGUCUUCCAACCAAAUUUAGGUCACUUACCCGUUUUAAAAAGAGAAGGGAAUCUCUAGACCUGUUUAGAUUUGACUGCUGCGUUUAUCAGUUCUUACUGGGUCCCCUAUAAUAUGCCUUAAAGUGGCCUCAACUUACUGAGAAAUGGAGCCUCUUGGGUUUGCGUCAUGGAGUUGGACGUGGAGUGUCAUGGCCUUGAUCAAUACCACUUUUUGUGCCUUAGCCUCGCAAAUUCAUGGCAGAUCUCUUCAGCGAGCAAUGCUACUUUUAAAAUUUGAGGUGCUGGGCAGUCGUUUUCCCCUGGGAUGGAGCCCCUGAGUGACUGCCACUCCCGCGGCACGUGGCUGCGAGUUGUACGUAAAACUGAAUCCCAAGUGCUAGAAGCUGAUUUUGUGAGCAGUGGCCUUUUUUUGUUGUUUUGUUUGUGGAGACCUUAUUUCUGGCUCCCUUGUAUUACCUUUUUGGAGGUGAGAAGUAGUUAGUUUCCCAAAGAGCUGAAGAGCAGGGACAACAUUUGCCCUAAAACACAUAGAAGUGCCAGAAAAAUAUGUGCCAUUUACACUCACAACUCCUGAAGGCUUUCAGCAGGUUGAACAUUUGUGGUGCUCAACCCUUAACUAAUGCUGCGCACAGAAGGGGGUUUCAUGGUGAAUAAAAACUAUCAUCUGUUCGCUGUCUUUAGUGGGUAGCGUUGCUUGAGAUAUUUCAGGUUUAAUGAAAGGUUAGUCCUACAAACAUUGAGGAACUCUCAAGUUCUGUGAAGAGAUACUGUGGACUUCCAGAGACUGCUAUUUUUUUUUCUCUAUUCCCAGGAUGUUUACUUAAGGGCAGAAGAGACAAAUGGAAACUUCAGCUUCUGGCAGUGUAUAUUUAAUAUUUUUCACAGAACUGGAGUAAACCAUCAUCAUAAACUAAUAAUGAGUUCUCAUUUGCAGUGGCAAAGUCACAUACCUACCUUUCUGAGCACCUUGUUAGCUUUGUUUAUUUAUGAUUCUAUUUAUGCUUAUCUACUGUACGAUAUCAGUUACAACCUGCUGGGAAUAAACUGUAAAUAACUAUAUCGAAAAUAUAGGAAAGGAAAACAGACCUAUUUUAAUAAAGUGGACGCACGUCCCACAAGCUCACAUACAAAACAGUAAGCUUGGGUGAGGUCUUAUCACUUACUUGUUUUAUAUAUACAUGAGUCAAAGUUACUACUGUAAAUGUUAAGACUAGUAUUGACUGUAGUGGAGUGCUUUUGUGUUUGAUAGACAGGGCACAUUGUCUCAAACACUGAAAGUAUUUUAUAGUAGAUGACUUGCUUUUGAUUUCAGGCUUUUAAAUAGGGAGCUACAUAUCUCAUGCAGGUUAAUGCCUGGAUUCUUGGGCCUUCUUUCUGAGCUGUUUACAAGUUUUUUAGUAGUACUUUAAAAACUGAGACCUUGGAUUCCAGUGUAAUGCUAUCUUGGAAUCUAAUUUCUUGAAAUAUGACUUCAGAGAAAAGGACAUGGAUGGCUUCAUUUUUGUGAUCCAUUAUGUCAUGUAAUAGACUGAAUUUUAUACUUCAAAACAAAAUAUAAAAAUGUAAGUUGGGAAACUGACACAGAAGGAGGCAAAAAAUUCCUUUUUAUAAUUGAAACCUGAAACAACUAACCUAAGGAUGGUCCAGUGGGCUUUGCUUAGUUUUGUUUUAAUACAGAAAGUACAUUCAAGCAUGAUCUGACUUACAGAACUAUUGCAGUCUCCAACUUUAUAGCCGUAUGCUAACUAAAGCUGCUGUGUGGCGAUGAGGUAAGCCAACAAACAAAAUAUAACAAAAUACCUCUUAAUCAAAAUCUGUAAUUUUUUUGCAAAGUUUACGUUGCCAAAUAGCAAGUCGAAUCUUUAGCUUGUGUUGCUUUUUGUGAGGGAAAGCUAACUUGGAGCAAGAAUCUGAAUUCUCCGUGUUAUUGAUGUCUUUCUGUAUGAGUACUUAUUUUAAAUAAAUAUAUACUGCACCUUU